CGUUUAUUUAUUUUUUACCUUCCGAUGGCGGAUGCGGUUCUUGCGAAGCUAAUUAAGUAAGAUCGAACUUUAUGACUGUUUGAAGUGUGAAUCAUCUCAUCCCGUCUCUUGCUUCCACGAACAUCGACGAGAGGGAGUGCAGCUCAGUUGAGGUGAAGCACCGUUUGAAGCUCAAUUGGUGUCAAAGCAUUGAAAUCGCCGAAAGUCAUUGGUUUCAACUGAGCUUCGUCGCAAUUAUGCUGCCCCAAUUGAGAGCUGGUGCAAGUAUGACUUCCAGAACAGCUUCAAAAUACAUUCGCGGCAUUUCAAGCUCUGCAGCUCGAUCGGCCCAGAAUGACGAACCCAAGCUCAACAAGGUCUCUUCGGCCAUUACACAACCCAAGUCCCAAGGAGCUUCCCAAGCUAUGCUCUACGCCACUGGCAUGACUGAGGAAGGAUUGAAUAAGGCACAAGUCGGUAUCUCCUCAGUAUGGUACUCGGGGAAUCCGUGCAAUAUGCACUUGAUGGACCUCAACAAUCGUGUAAAGAAGGGCGUGGAAGAGGCAAACUUGAUCGGAUACCAAUUCAACACCAUUGGAGUCUCGGACGGUAUCUCUAUGGGCACAAAGGGCAUGCGAUAUAGUCUGCAAUCAAGAGAUCUGAUCGCAGAUUCGAUCGAGACGGUGAUGGGCGGUCAAUGGUACGAUGCCAAUAUCUCCAUCCCAGGUUGCGACAAGAACAUGCCUGGUGUAAUGAUGGCCAUUGGACGAGUAAAUCGUCCUUCACUCAUGGUCUACGGAGGAUCUAUCAAGCCUGGAUGUGCUGCCACACAAAACAAUGCCGAUAUCGACAUCGUCUCGGCUUUCCAAGCCUACGGCCAAUUUCUCACAGGUGAAAUCAACGAAGAGCAACGCUUCGAUGUCAUCCGACACGCUUGUCCUGGAGGAGGAGCUUGCGGUGGAAUGUACACUGCCAACACCAUGGCCACCGCCAUCGAAGUAAUGGGCAUGACCCUCCCCGGCUCAUCCUCCAACCCCGCCGAAUCCCAAGCCAAAUACGACGAAUGCCACGCAGCCGGAGCCGCCAUCCGCAACCUACUCGUCCAAGACAUCCGCCCAAAAGACAUCAUGACCCGACAAGCUUUCGAAAAUGCCAUGAUCCUCGUCAACAUCACCGGAGGCUCGACCAACGCCGUCCUGCACCUGAUCGCCAUCGCCGACUCCGUAGGCGUCAAGUUAACCAUCGACGAUUUCCAAUCAGUAUCAGACCGCAUCCCCUUCCUGGCUGAUCUCAAACCCUCCGGCAAAUACGUCAUGCACGACCUCUUCAAGAUCGGCGGCACGCCUUCCCUGCUCAAGUUCCUCCUCAAAGAAGGAAUCAUCGACGGCUCCGGCAUGACCGUCACCGGCAAGACGCUCUCCGAGAACCUGGAAGCAUUCCCCGAUUUCCCCACCGACCAGCAGAUCAUCCGUCCCUUCUCCGACCCGAUCAAGAAAACGGGCCAUAUCCAAAUCCUGCGCGGCUCGCUCGCGCCCGGCGGUUCCGUGGGCAAGAUUACCGGCAAGGAAGGCCUGAGGUUUGAGGGUAUUGCGAAGUGCUACGAUGCGGAAGACGAUAUGGUGGCCGCGCUCGAGAGAGGCGAGAUUAAGAAGGGCGAGAAGACUGUUGUCGUGAUCCGCUACGAGGGCCCUAGAGGCGGACCCGGGAUGCCUGAAAUGCUGAAACCGUCGUCAGCGAUCAUGGGCGCGGGACUUGGUAAAGACGUCGCGCUGAUCACGGACGGACGGUUCAGUGGCGGCAGUCACGGGUUCUUGAUCGGUCAUAUUGUUCCUGAAGCCCAGGAGGGGGGCCCUAUUGGGUUGGUGCGGGAUGGGGAUAAGGUUGUCAUUGAUGCGGAGAAGAGGGUGCUGGAUUUGGUGGUCGAUGAGGGGGAGUUGGUGAGGAGGAGGAAGGAGUUUGUGCCGAAGCCGCUGAAGUAUAAGAAGGGGACGCUGGCGAAGUAUGCGAUGAUGGUGCAGGAUGCGAGUCAUGGGUGCAUUACGGAUGGGGGGAUUGAGGAUUAGAGGGGAAGGGGAAAGGAAAGGGG